UCAGCCUCCCCUGCUGCCUCCUCCCGCCGCCCAGCGGGGGGCUUGGGUCUUCUCUCCAUCCCACCCCGACCCCCCGGAGCUCCCUUACAACCUGCCCCGGCCGAAUCUUGGGGCUGUCAGGAAGAGGAGAUGGGAUCCUUGCUGGGGGGAUUGCUUCUGUGGUUUGGUUUUGCAUCAGCUUCCAGUAACAACUGUGAUACCAUAAAAGUGGUGAAACGUUUUCGGUUUUGUCUCCAGCAGGUGUGAGGGGCUCACAGUAGCUGCAACACUGACAACUAGCUUAUCCCACAAGCCCUCCAACAGGUGCCAGACUGUGGUCGGGGCUUCCGUGCCCCACGAGGUCCAGCCCAGCAGGGACACGAGGACCAGGGCCCGGCCCUUGGUAAUCACACGCAGAAGCAAACAACCACGGGAAGACACAAGUUGAAGGGUCCCCCGGGUGUGUUGUAGGAAACAAGCACCACACGCUGAGUUUACAACCGAGAUGUCGCUGCUGUCCAGUCCGGAGGCGAGAGGUCCGAAAUCAAGGUGUCAUUGGAGAUCCCACUCCCAGAUGAGGUCCCACCCACGGGCGCUGGAGGUGAGGAUGUCGGCACCUUCCAGGGGGCGCAGGGGAGGGGCUGCGGAGGAGCAGAGGGAGAGAGAACCCCAAGCAGACCCCCUACUGAGUGCAGAGAGCCCAGGCGGGGCUCGAUCCCAUGACCCUGAUCACGACCCGAGCCGGAAUCAAGAGUCAGAGACGUGUGUGGUGGCCCCGCACCACAGGACGAACUGUGGCGCCCCAGGAAUCACGCCCAGCCAGUGCAAAGCCAGAGGCUGCUGCUUCGACAACACUAUUAGCGGCGUUCCCUGGUGCUUCCAACCCGUGGCUGUGGACAACUCUCCUGACGAGGAGUGCUCCUUCUAGACGCGCUUCGGGGGAGCGGCGCCAGGAGCUGGAAUGGCCUCGCCCAGCAGCCCGGAGCCCAGCCACGUCACCGGCCGGCACUCGGGGCCCUCCGCGUCCGCGCCUUGGCGGGCUUCGUGGGCAGACAGCACACACCCCUGGACUCAAAAUUGGCUUAACGAUUAAAAGAGAAGAA